AUUCAUGGGUCUCUGUUGCGUCAAAAUGUAUUAGCCCGACGCUUAGUCAGUUUUUUGAGAUUGUAUAUAGAAGCAAGAAUACAUGUGUGCAUAUCGUGUGCUCAUAUUGUAUUUCUGCUAGGGAAUGUUUAAACAUGUUUUGUGUCGUUGAGUUUCAGUUUAAAGUGAGACCUUGCCAUAAAUGAGACAAUUUAAGGGCGUUUAUAAAUUAAAAUUUGGCAAGUAUAUCAACAAUGCCUCGACGGUAUAUGUGACAUUAUGAAUUAGGGCGUAAAAUUGCAACAAACAAAAAAUAACAAUAUUAAUAGCGAAAUCGAUUAAUUUUAUCAAAAAAAAUCAUGCUGAAUACAGUUUAAAAAAACAUUUCAUUUUGUAAAUAAAGGCAUUGGUGGUAAAGUGGUAUAUUUCUGCAUCAAUUUCACUCAAUAGGCUGUUGAUAAAAGUUCCACUAAAUAUAGAGCUGUUGCAAAAUUUGAAAUGUUGGAGCCCACUGAGCCAACAAAAGCUUGCUCGACGGCGGUUAAAGGAGACACCGGGAUUUAUGACUGUGAGAAAAUAGGCGAGAAAUUCACCGACGCAACCACGCCUGUCGUAACAAAUGAUUGUCGAAAGAGCGGCAAGACAACGACUGGUUACCGCGAGAGAAUAGCUAUGAAUUAUAAAGAUAGGCGGAGUACUUGCAAACAUACAACGCCCAUCAGCUUGCAAAAAAGAAAUCGUGAAUUUAAGUUGCAGCCGCCUUUUCUUCAACCUGUGGUUCAACCUCAACCAAACUACAUGCAAAGUGGUCGAAUAUUACCGAGUUUUCAUCUGGUGAACAAACAUCUUAACCAGUGCGAACACGGCCUACCUUGCUCAUAUAGUCCUAACAUCGGUCACCCAAUUCAACAUUCCCCGAACUUCGGGCUUGUAACAGCCACCGAAGUAUAUGGCACUACAUUCUACAGAUAUGAACGACCAGUAUUCGAAGGACCAUUUCCUAAUGGUUUUCCAAUCAUAGAAGAUCUAUCACCUGCACAUAUUCACCAUCACUGUGGUGGUAAUCAUCCGCAUACACGCCCAGCAACAUCAAUCAUGCACCCUCAAGACUCGUUUACCCCUCCUCAAUCCCGCAACUCCUUGUCUUCCGCGACUCCAAACCCAAGCUCUCUCUCAUCUUCAUCCAGAUCAUCUUCUCCCUUCCUCCAUUCACACUCCGACUCCACGAGGGACUCCGGAAUCAUUUCAACUGAAUCAGCAGAUGAAGAUGUUCCGUUUGUGCUAAUGGAACGAAGAAGAGAUAUUGCGUUUGAAAAAUUACUUCAGAAAAUUAUAGCCAUCGUAGAGGAUACGUUAUCGAAUGAAAAAUUGACGAAAGAUCUCUACGUGCUUCGGCAGAUGCGUCGAAACUCGCAGGGUUACGUCAGCUUGAAGCUUGUUGCCAGCGUUAAAGCGAUAAAGAAGUUAACCAGUGAUUACGACACCGUGGUUCUAGCUCUUCGCAAAUCCAACAAGUUGGAAGUGAACAAGUCGGCAACAAAAGUUCGUCGAAAAGACGCACUACCGGCGAAAUCUGUAGCAACAAGUAAGGAACCUUCAUCGUUGGUGGUGGUUGGUCUACCAGAAGUUGAAGCUACAAUAGAGUCGGUAAUAAGCAAGUACAAAGAGUUUGGUACAAUCGCCCAAGUGAGAAUACUUUCUCCUAAACGCCCAAUACCAGCAUACCUGCAAGGUUACGUUGCCGCCCUCCCGUAUUUGGGUCAGAUGUGGUGUGCCAUAGUUGAAUACGAAAAGCCAUCAUGCACGAUGGCAGCCUACCGAGAACUUUCCAAAAGGAUUGACGAAUUGCCUGUUACAAUUAUAGGACCAGGAUUCAAAAAGAAUGUUACGAAAAAAUUCAAAAUGUAUUCUCUGUUAAAAAAAGAAGAAAAAACAAAAGUUGUCAGACAUAAUUCUGGAGAUUCAAUUGAUUCUGGUGCAGAUUGUGAUAGCGAGAUAUUCUCGAGUGGUUCAAUCACUUCAGAAGACGGGAAAGAUGAUCAGAGCAUGAGUCGUUGCGUUAGUGAACUAUUGGUUGUUGCUGCUGGGUUCUGUGGCGAAAAAGACAAACAGUAUGAAGUUGAAGAUUCUUCCCUUGCCAGGAAUUUAUCGAAUCUUUGCCUGAAAUCUGACAUAUCAGGACAAACUUCUAACAAUGUUGGUGUUAGUGUAACUUAAGUAUUUCUCCAAACUGUUGCAUAAAAUGAGUGAAAGUCGUCACAGUAAGAGGGGGCACUCAGUGAAGAAUAUGCCCAUCAAAUUAUGAGGCACGAGAUAUAGUAACAAAGUCAAGAAGUUGAUGUUAUCUGGGUUGGAUUUACAUUCAAUUUAUGGUUAAAUGUUUUACAACUCAAUGAAGCGAUUUAACAAACUAACGUAACAAACGUAUCAUGCAGAUGCUGGUAUAAGAGACAAUACUUGUUAAACAAGACGUGAUGAAUCGUUUAAGGUGAAUUGGGUGCAGAACAAAAGGUUCAACUUAAGCUACGAGACUGAUAUCUUUGAAGUAUUUUUCCUUUGCACAUUUUUACAAAAAUUAAAAUUGUUUUACCUUCAGUCAAAAACGUGCACCAUAAACUUUGUUUUAGAACUAAAUGUAGUUUCUUGACGUCAACACUUUUGUUUCAUUGUUGUUAAUCUUUCUAAACCAUAAUAGAACAUUCAACUGCACAGUCGUGUGUAGUUUGUGGCAGACACAAAACAAACGAUAUUUACACCAAGUCAGCUUUAACGUGUUCUAAAAUGUAUCACUUACAAUAACUGAAUACCUCUGUCUUGCGUUACUUGAUUUUAGAAGGUUUGAGGCCCUCGCCUAUGAUUUGCUGGUCCGGUAUGUUAAACCGACAGCGUAUAGUAAAUAGUAGGAACAUUUCGAAUACACACCUGCUGCCUAUUUACCAUUACGAUACCUCAUACAUACAUAGGAGCUGCAUGGCCCUCAAUUUUCCACAUUACUAUUUUGAAUGCCCAUUUCAUCACACAGUUCAACCGCGAUCAGUGUUUUGCGUGCCAAUACCUGCGUAUAUACGUUGUAUCGUAUUAAUUAGUGUGACUUCUUGUAUGUUUGAGUGCUUCCUAGGAAAAUUUAAUAAAAGCGAAAGAGAAAGUA